UUUUUUUUUUUUUUGGCGAUUGCUUUGAUUCUAGUGUUUAGAUCACAAGAAGAUGGCUCUGGUCUCUGCUUUUCGCUGUAGUUAUUGGUGAUUCACAUCCUCGAGAAGUUGUAGUGAUCACAAGUUCUUCAUAAAUUCUACCUAGAAAUGAGAUUUUAUGGGCUUUGUUUAGUUAUUUUAGGAUUUGUACCUCUAACACUCGGACAAGCUCUAGUUAGACCAUUUAUGAUCAAUUGCGGCUCCGAUUCAAGCAUCUACGCCGACGGUAGGAAAUGGGUCGGCGAUUCAUCUCCUUCCGAUAACUUCACCCUAAGCUCUACCGGAAUUGUCGCGUCGACCCCGACGAUUACCGGAGAACCCGUGUACGGAACUCUAUAUAGAACCGCUCGCAUAUUUAAUGCAUCGUCGACCUACAACUUCAGCGUGGUGCCCGGAAGUUACUUCGUGCGCCUCCACUUCUGCCCUUUCUUUACUAAUUACAAUGCAAACGAGUCCUUGUUUGACGUAUCCGCCGACAACUUGAAGCUUGUUUCGAUGUUCAAUGUCCCAGGAGAGAUUUACUGGAGGAAUCUGAGAAGCAAUUCGACAAGCGGCACCCUUGUCAAAGAGUAUUUCCUAAACAUUAGUUCAAAUCAGCUUCUGAUUGGGUUUAGCCCCGAUUCGGCGUCUUUUGCCUUCAUCAAUGCAAUUGAGGUAAUCCCUUUCCCUGAUGACGACUUGUUCGGCGGCUUCGCUACUAAAGUUGGCGGAGACGGUGGGACGAAGAGCACAUUCAGUUUGGUCGAUCGUGGGAUUGAGACUAUGUAUAGAUUGAAUGUUGGAGGCCCGAGAAUAGAGUCGGAGGAAGAUCCUGGUUUCUGGAGGAAUUGGGAAUCAGAUGAGAAGUUCAUGUUCUCGCUUAGUGCUGCAAGUACUAUUACCAAUUCUUCGAAUAUAAGCUAUUCCUCCGUAAAUGGUUCUCUAAUUGCUCCUCUAUUGGUCUACGAAACGGCGAGAGUGAUGACCGAUAAUCAAGUUCUUGAGAAGAGCUUCAACGUGUCGUGGAAAUUUGAUGUGGAUCCCAACUUUGAUUACUUAGUCCGGCUGCAUUUCUGCGAGUUGGUGUACGAUCAGCCAAAUCAGAGAAUUUUUAGGAUUUAUAUAAACAACAAAACUGCUGCGGCAAAUUAUGAUGUGUUCGUGAAAGCAGGAGGGAAGAACAAAGCCUACCACGAGGACUACGUCGAUGCAGCUACGCAACAGAUGGGCGCCCUUUGGCUCCAAUUGGGCCCGGAUUCGGCAACUGGUCCGACGGGCUCUGAUGCGCUUCUCAACGGGGUUGAGAUCUUCAAGAUCAGCCGAAACGGUAAUGUUGCUCGUGCUACGAAGAGGGUCGAUGGUAAUGAGAAUGUUGUUAAUGAGAAAGAGGCAAAAAGUAAGGCCUUGCGGAUUGGAAUUGGUUCUGGCGUUGGUUUUGUAUUCAUGGUAUCUUUACUUUUUGUUGUUAUAUUUUGCUUCUUUAUCCGAAAAAAGAAAGCAAUUCGCGUAAAGGACCCCCCAAAAAAUAAUCCUAAUUGGCGCCCGCUCUCUCUUCAUGGGACCGUGGGAAGCAACACAAAUGCUCUUGCAUCCCUUUCGCCGCUAAACCCUAAUGGAUCGAUGGCAAGUGCCAGAACAGGGAGGAGAUUCACAAUAGGGGAAAUUAGAGCAGCUACGAAGAACUUCGAUGAAUCACUGGUUAUUGGAGUCGGAGGUUUUGGCAAGGUUUACAAGGGCGAGAUCGAAGAUGGCAAAUUUGCAGCGAUUAAACGCGCCCACCCACAUUCUCAACAGGGCUUGAAAGAAUUUGAGACGGAGAUUGAGAUGCUUUCGAAGCUCCGACAUCGCCACCUUGUUUCCUUGAUUGGGUAUUGCGACGAACAAAAGGAGAUGGUUUUGGUCUACGAGUACAUGGCUAAUGGGACUUUGAGAGGCCAUUUAUUUGGGAGCGCUCUCCCCCCUCUUACAUGGAAGCAAAGGCUCGACGCUUGUAUCGGGGCAGCUCGUGGACUCCACUACCUUCACACCGGAGCAGAAAGAGGAAUAAUUCACCGAGAUGUUAAGACAACAAAUAUACUGUUAGACAGGGACUUUGUUGCGAAAGUGGCGGACUUUGGGCUGUCGAAAGAUGGUCCGGCAUUGGACCGUACGCAUGUUAGUACCGCCGUGAAAGGAAGUUUUGGUUACCUCGAUCCUGAAUACUUUAGACGGCAGCAAUUAACAGAAAAAUCAGAUGUCUAUUCCUUUGGUGUUGUGCUAUUUGAAGUGCUAUGUGCUCGACCUGUUAUUAAUCCGAGUUUGCCGAGGGAUCAGAUAAAUCUUGCUGAGUGGGCGGUUUAUUGGCAAAGGAAGAAUUCGAUCGAGACUAUCACGGACCCGCGGCUCGAAGGUAAUUACUCUUUGGAGUCCUUGAAAAAGUUUGGAGAGAUAGCUGAGAAAUGCCUUGCCGAGGAGGGGAAGAACCGGCCUUCGAUGGGCGAAGUCUUGUGGCAUCUUGAAUGUGCUUCACAACUGCACCAAGCUUAUCUGAGAAGUAAAGAUGCGAAUCUUUCGAGCAUUGAAGAGGAAGGAGAGGAAGCUUGUAGAGAUUCGCAAAGCGUAGAUGGAGAAUCCGCAGAGGUAAAUAUAUAAUUAAGAGCUUGGCUUUGUCAGUUCCUCGCGUCUGAGUAGAAAUGGAGGAGGUGAUGCUGCAAGCAUGCAGAUUAGUUUCUGUGUAGUUUAUAUCCGCGCACUCGGCAUGUAAUGCAAAUUUCAUUUUAAUUUCACCCAAUAUAUUCAUUUAUUAUUGUAUCAUUUGUUUAUUUAUUUGCUGAGUUCCUACAAUCUCUUCGAUAA